AUGAUGGACAUCAAUUCUCUCCUUUCGCCGCAGGACGCGAACUCAAAUUCUGGGCGCUCAACGCCUACCACGAGCUCUUCUGGCAAUACCUCCGCUCCUGCGCCCGGGCCAGCGCACAAGCCCCUACGGAAGAGUCGCACCGCUGCGAACCGAACCCCUAUCGCAUCGUCGCCACUUGCGCAACAAGUCUACGCCCCUCCAACCAACGUACCUGAACCCUCGCCGCCUUCGUCGAUGAGUCCCGCUGUUGGACCUAACGUGGGAGGAGGUGGAAGCGGAGGAGGGACACCGCCAGCUGCCGACCUGCAGAACUCGCGGCAACCAUCAACUCCGGGCAUGGACACUCUUGCCGACCUCGCAUCUAUGCAACAUCACCAACCACCGCGGCCGAAUGCCGCCAUCCUACGACCCGAAUCUUACGAGAGUCAGCUCUCGCCGUCAACAAUGUUUCCGAAUGUUAACCAGAUUUCCCACAACACCCCUACUCCACGCUCGUCCUUUGAUAUCGCCAUGUCAGACGGCCCCAGAGAGAGCGCCCGGAGAAACUACGCCGCCUCAUCCCUCCUCCCCGACGCUCGACGGAUGGCGACCGAAUUAUUCGCCCGUAUUCACGUAAAUCCACAGUCUUACGAGGCACAUGUGAAUUUUAUCCGCUUGCUACACGAUGGAUUUGUGAAUCACGUCUACCCGCCGAAUAACCCGGAGAUUCAUGGCGAGCCUCGAGAUUACGAUCUACUCAAGGACAUGAGAACUGCCCGCGAGGAGAUGGACAAGCUUUUUGCCAUGGGCGAGGAUCUUUGGGCUGAGUGGAUUCAAGAUGAGAGUAUGCUGGCUUCUUCAGUGAACGAACGCAUCGAUGUGAUGAAUCUUUGCCAAAGAUCGAUUGAAGAAGAAUACGGUAGCACCAAGCUCUGGAAUAUAUAUGGCGAGUGGGUGCUAUACCUAUACAACGCUGCACACGGUGAUUCGACCCAAAGCCACUGGUCGGAGCAAGAUAAGCUGGUGGGCCGAGAAGUCUUUACCUGGCAGAGUGUCCUCGACACAUGGCAGAGGGGUGCUGAAGCAACGAGGUGGAGAAUUCAUGACAGUAAUACCGUAUGGGAUCGACUGUUAGAAUUUCAGGUUCGCGACGUGUCUCGCAACCCCUCCCAGGACAAAAUCGCACGAGUACGAGAACUGUUUGACAUUCGAUUGCAGACGCCUCACGCGACAUGGGAUCAGACAUUCCAGGCGUUCUCCAGUUUUAUUUCCACCUACUACAACACAAACUAUGAAAAUAUUAUGUCGGAGACGGUAACACAGUAUGCCACUCCGGUUAAGGAACAGUAUGCGGCCCGCGAGGAGUUUGAGAUUCGUCUUCGCAACGCGACCGACUCUGGCGACCGUGAUGAGGAGUGGAUGGCAUUUGCUGAAUACAUUGAAUGGGAACUUCAAGGCACCCGACGAAGACGCAGUGCAAAUUUUGAACUUAUCAACGCGAUCUACCAACGCGCGGUUUUGCGGUUCCAAACCAAUGCUACGGUGUGGGAGGACUACAUUAUGUUCCUCAUCGAUGAAUCAAUGCAUGGGAAUGUGCAUACAACAACAAUCUCUGCGCUUGACCGAGCAACCCGACAUUGCCCUGGGUCCGGUACUUUGUGGUCGCAGUAUUUGCUCAGCUCCGAACGAGAAGGACAAUCGUUUACGAAGAUCGCAGAUAUAAAGCACAAGGCAACAAGUACAGGCUUACUCGAUGUUGGGGGCAUGGAAGAGGUGCUGAAGGUGCACACAGCGUGGUGCAGCUACCUUCGCCGGCGUGCUUUCUUGUCCGAGGCUACUGACGAAGAUCUGGACGUAGCUGAAGUGGGAAUCCGUUCGGCAAUUGAGAGCGUCCAGGAGCUUGGAGAGAAGAAAUAUGGUCGCUCUUAUGAAGGCGACCCACUCUUCCGUCUCGAGCGUAUCUACAUACGUUACCUGAGUGAAAGUGGCAGCUGGGAUAGUGCACGAGAAACCUUCAAGGGCCUCGUCGGACGCCGUGGCAACAGUUACGAAUUCUGGCUGACAUACUAUCACUGGGAGCUGGUUUCUUGGAGCAAAUUUGUCCAGGGUGAAGCAACGGUUGAUGCCGCGCGUCGAACCCCGAAUCCCAGCUUUGCCACAGCUGUGUUGAAGCAAGCCAUCAAGCGGACGGAUCUUGACUGGCCGGAAAAGAUCAUGCAGACCUAUGUCGCGCACUGCGAAGACUACGAGGACUCGGAGGAACUACAGCUCGCCGUUCUGGAAACCCGGAAGGCUACGAGAGCCAUCGCCACCCGCCGGGAGCGGGAGGCUCGAGAAGCUGCCGCUUUACAGGCUCAACAGGCUGCCGAAGCAGCAGCGGUUCAACCAACAUUAGAGGCUUCGCAGGCGGAGAAGAGGAAACGUGAGGAUGAAUCGGCUGUGAAUGGCCUCCCUGCCAAAAAAGCACGAGCAGAGACAACACCAGAUGUUGAAGCAGAACCGGUAGCACUCCAGCGUGAUCGUGAGAAUUCUACGGUUGUUGUCAAGAACUUGCCUCAGAAUGUCUCAGAGCACAAGGUGCGACAGUUUUUCCGUGAUUGCGGUACGAUCAACGGUGUUAAGAUGCUUCCCGGAGAAGAUGGUAACACCGAAGUAGCCAUGAUCGAAUUUAAUUCGCGAGAAGACGCCGAGGCUGCGCAGACUCGCGAUCAGAAGACCCUUGAUGGCAACAUUAUUCAAGUUUCUUUUGGCUCUGAGACGACCUUGUUUGUCACCAACUUCCCGCCGACGGCCGAUGAGAACUACAUUCGACACAUGUUCAGCAAGUAUGGUGAAAUUAUCGACAUACGGUUUCCAUCUCUCAAAUACAACACGCAUCGGCGGUUCUGUUACCUACAGUUCAAAGCUUCCGUGGCCGCCCACCACGCCACAGAAUUGGACGGGUCAACCGUGAGCAAUGGCCUCAACCUCGUGGUUAAAAUCUCGGACCCUUCACGCAAGCAAGAUCGCCAUGGUCCGAUGCACGAAGGACGAGAGAUUCACGUGUCCAACAUUGAUUGGAAGGCCAAUGAGAAUGAUCUCAAAGAACUAUUCUCCAAAUUCGGCAGCGUGGAGUUGGCUCGCAUGCCCAGAAAGGUUGAUGGGGGCAGUAAGGGGUUUGGUUAUGUUGUAUUCAGUUCCAAGGAAGAAGCAACUGCAGCACUCGCCAUGAAUGAAGUCGAGUUUCGAUCCCGCCCGCUUCACGUUAAGUUGUCCGCCCCUAAUGGGGCCAAACGCACCGCUACCACUGUUGUCUCUCGGGUGGCUGGGUCACAGUCUCCUGCGCCGGAGACUAACGGUACAGCACUACCGGAAUUAGAAGAGCCCACGGGUGAGCGAAGGGACCGUACGCUGGGCUUGAUGAACGUCCCCGAUACGGUGAACGAUGCCCGGAUUCGGGCGCUUAUUGAACCAUAUGGUAAACUGGUCAAAAUUAUAUUGCGGCCGGACCAUCAAGGAGCGAUUGUUGAAUUCGCCGAUGUCAGCCAAACGGGUAAAGCGGCACUUGAACUCGAGGGACAGGAGAUCUCGCCAGGUCGGAAACUACAUAUUGGAACGGUGGGCGACAUGCUGAAGCAGUCUGCGGAGAAGAAGCAACGGUAUGGCCAGGGUGUGAAGCCAAAGGAGAAGUCCAAAGCCACAUUCCUUGCGCCGACGGCGCCCAUCAAGCGACCGCCGCAGCCGGGAGGGCGGAGUGGGAAACGCGGGCAUCUGGGGGUGAAGCGCGGAACGGCCCAGCAAACGAGUACCACGACCACAACGACAGCAACAACGAUGACUGCGACGAACGCCUCAGGCGAGGAAAACAAGGGCCAGAAGAGCAAUGACGACUUCCGCGCGAUGAUCCAGCGGAGUCAAGGGGAAUCAUCAUAA